AGAGACACCAGCGGAGAGAGACACCAGCGGAGAGAGACACCAGCGGAGAGAUACACCAGCGGAGACAGACACCAGCGGAGAGAGACACCAGCGGAGAGAGACACCAGCGGAGAGAGACACCAGCGGAGAGAGACACCAGCGGAGAAAUGAUCUCGUCGGCUUUGGCGGUGGCCGAGGCUUCCGAGCAGACGGCAGCGAGGAGAGCACGAGUCAAGGUUCUCGAUGAGGACAAAUAUGUAGCGAGCGUGGAGGCGAUCAUUGUCCGUGACUUCUUCCCGGACGUGGAGAAGCUCCGGGCGCAGAAGGAGUACCUGGAGGCGGAGGAGAUGGGGGACCUGCAGCUGAUGAGACACAUCGCCCUCAAGUACACCCAGCAGCAGCAGCAGCAGGGGCAGCAGGGGCAGGGGGUGGCACGGGAGACGCGCGGGGACACGGACAGGCAGCCUCCGGUGACUCCGGCCUCCUUUGAGACUCCGGAGCCGGGCAGCCGAAUCCGAACCCCCAGGGGAAGGGAGGAGAUGAGGCGUGGAGGUGCAGGUGCCGGAGAAGGAACAGGUGGUGGUGGUGGUGGUGGUGAGGGUGGUGGUGAGGGUGGUGGUGAGGGUGGUGGUGGUGAGGAGGAGGAGGAGCUCCCAGGACUCGACAGGUUCCUGGUGCGUCACACGAGCGAGGAUAACGCCUCCUUCGGAUCCAUCAUGGACAUCGCGGCAGAGCGGAAUCGCCUGAAGCAUGCCUGGCUGCUGGAGGCGGAGACUCAUCACAAGGAGAAGCGAGACCGCGCCCUGCAGCUACCCAGCGUGGAGACGCAGGCCCUCGAGUCCAGCCAGGCCGGGCUGGAGACCUGGGAGUACUCGGCUAAGAACUCUCUCAUGUACUACCCAGAAGCGAUCUCUGUUCAGGACUCGGACACACAGCCCUCGCGGGAGAUCGCACACAGGAACACCCGUCUCCACGGCAACCCCUACAGCCGUGCCCUCAACCGCAACAGCCUGCAACAGGCGGCCGCCUACCAGGCACAGUUCCGCCUGGGCAAGAUCGGGGUGGACGGCCGCGAGAUCACCCAGGAGUCACCGCAGGUGAACGGCUACGGAUAUGUGGGCACGCCAUCGCCCGCUCCAGGUGACGAGGUCGUCGUCAGCAUCGUCGUCAUCAUCAACGUCGUCAACGUCAUCAUCAUCAACAUCGUCAUCGUCAAUGACGUCAUCGUCGUCGUCAACAUCGUCGUCAGCAUCGUCGUCAA